CGUUGGAGCUGUUAAUACCCCCCCUAAAUGUAAGUGUGUUUUAAUUGUAACGGCUGUUGCGGUGUAAGGAACUGAAACACUUGAAGCGGAUGGAUGAAGAGCUCUCUGUUCUGGAAGAGAUAACACUGUAAAAGUAAGGUGUAAAAAAUACUAAAAUAAUAAAAAAAAAUACACAACGACAUCGCCUGGGGUUCAAGUGGAAUGUUUGUUUCAACGUCUCCUCAAAAGGACUUUGUCAUCCUCACAUGGUGUCUUCUCCUUAAACGGUGUAGCAGUCUCCAUGGCGACGAGCGCUGUGCCCGGGGACAACCUGCCCACUUAUAAGCUGGUGGUGGUGGGUGACGGUGGCGUGGGCAAGAGCGCCCUCACCAUCCAGUUCUUUCAGAAAAUCUUCGUGCCUGAUUACGACCCGACCAUCGAAGACUCUUACCUCAAACACACCGAGAUCGAUGGACAGUGGGCCAUACUGGAUGUACUGGACACAGCAGGUCAGGAGGAGUUCAGCGCUAUGAGAGAGCAGUACAUGAGGACAGGAGACGGCUUCCUCAUAGUGUUUUCGGUGACCGACAAAGCCAGCUUUGAGCAUAUAGACCGUUUCCAUCAGCUCAUCCUGAGAGUGAAAGACAGGGAGUCGUUUCCGAUGGUCCUCGUGGCUAAUAAAGUCGACUUGGUGCAUUUACGCAAAAUCACAAGCGACCAGGGGAAGGAGAUGGCGAUGAAACACAGUAUUACCUAUAUUGAAACAAGUGCAAAGGAUCCACCCAUGAAUGUGGACAAAGCUUUCCACGAGCUCGUGAGAGUGAUUCGGCAGCAGGUUCCAGAGAGGGCCCAGAAGAAGAAGAAAACAAAAUGGCGGGCGGACAGGCCAUCCGGAUCAGCCAGGCUUCACUGUGUCCUACUAUGACUGUUUGUUUCUCUCUGGGCACGUCAACCACGCGAUGAUGGCUUGGACUGUUAUCACACACACACACACACACACCACAGAGCUCCUUAAACGUAAUACUACUGCACACGGUGUUUUCAGUUCAGUUCAUCCAAAUCAGGAGACAAAUCUUGCCAUCCAGUGUUAAUAAGGUGUGUAAUUUAAAAAAAAGGCCGAAUAGAAAUCCAUUGCUCUGUUUUAUCUCCUGAAGCGGAUCUUGACUUCCUGGAAGAUGAAAGGAUUCCAGAAACCGAGCACCAUUUCCCUCAGAAGACUCUAAAGACGUCCCUAACGAGGCCUUGAUUUUGUACAUGUUUGUACCAUUUUUGUCCUGUUAUUGUAAAAAAAAUCCUUUCACAGCACAAGGAUUUGUUCGCUAUUUGAAUUUUUUUACUGCUCCAUUAGGAUACGAAAGGCCUUCAAGCAAAAGAUCUUGUGGAUGAACAUUUCUUUUAAAACAAAAAACUAACAAAAAAAACACAAGACGAAAUUAACCACCUGUUCUGUAAGUGCCGCUGAAACGCAGAAGCCAUCACUCAAAGCCAUCUUGCUAAUUUCACACCAAAACACACUAAUCUUGCUGCUAGUGUUUAUGGAUCUGGAAAUGUAGUGAAUGAACCAAACCUUCACGCAUGAUGAAGAACCACAUGAGGAGAAUCAGGUAUUAUGUGAAUGUAUUGGGGGAAAAAAAGUUUUAGGUGGUGCAUUGCAGUCUCACAGCUUCAGAGUUCCCCGGUUCAGUCCUGAGCUCAGGUUACUGUUUGUUUGGAGUUUGUUUAGUAGGACCUUCACCCCAGGUUCUCCCCACCUUCACCUGAGGAUAUCCCCACCUUCACCCCAGGUUCUCCCCACCUUCACCUGAGGAUAUCCCCACCUUCACCCCAGGUUCUCCCCACCUUCAUCUGAGGAUAUCCCCACCUUCACCCCAGGUUCUCCCCACCUUCACCUGAGGAUAUCCCCAC